UGCGCUAUGCACUCUACAAAAUAGUCAAUGAUCUUGUUUGUUUGUUUGUUUGCUUGCUUGCUUACAAUUGUGUUACUCCUUUAUUUUUAUUUAACGUUUCUUUGCAAUCUGUUGAUGUGUUUAUCCACUUACGCACCACAACCUCGUUCAUCCACAUUCACACACACACACACGACAAAUGCAAUUAAGGGCACUGAAACUGUCGUUGUUUUCUAACACAGACCCUGACUGCAGUGAGAAGUCGUUUAACGUAACCUACGAGUCAGUGACGACACGGCGGUCACUGUGGUCAGUUGAAGGCAACGUCACCUGUAACGACGACUACUACCAGCUUCUUGCCCACGUCACCUGCCUCGGUAAUGGAAGCUGGACGCCGCCGAGUCCCCGAUGUCAAAAGAGGUUGUGGAGAUACCCUGAGACACUGUUGAUUUCUGACCAAGUAAGCUUUCCGAUACCUGGGACAGUGAUGGAGGGCUGGUCUAUGUGUGUCGAGGGCGUUCCCACAAAAAGCAGCAAAGUUCAGCUGCAGAUAGAUAAAGGGUCCUUCUACAAUGUUACCGUCCACACGAGCUGGUUGUUUGAUUGUGGUUGCGUAGUGAUUAAUGACAAGGUCAACGGUUCAUGGGGAACACCGCAGAAUGUGUGGAAUCCUCCCUUUCCACUGAAGGCGGGGAAACCCUUUUUCUUCAGACUGACAGUGAACACUUCGACCACUGUUAAUAUUUACAUGGACAACACGCUUUACUACACACAUAAUCUGAAGUUCAGUCUCUCUUCAUUCACUCGCAUGUUCAUUCAGUUUGAUGUCAAUCUGACGAAAGUUGAGUCGUGGUGCAAAGUCUGA